AUGAGGGAAGUAUACAGUCCACCCGGGCAGUGCCCUCUGUACCCGGGUAACCCUAAUCCGCCUGGGGGGUCGGGCGGUGCCCCAGCGAUGGCCGCUCGCUACCGGAGAUAUCCCCUCCGCCACCUGCAACAGGCGCCUCACGCCGCGCGAGACCCGAAGCCCUGCCGACUCCUGCCGGCUCCUGCCGGCCAGCCCUGCCGAGUCCUGCCGGCCGGUCCUGCCGAGUCCUGCCGGCCGGCCCUGCCGAGUCCUGCCGUCUCCUGCCGACCGGCCCUGCCGAGUCCUGCCGUCUCCUGCCGGCCGGCCCUGCCGACUCCUGCCGACUCCUGCCGACUCCUGCCGACCCUGCCGGCCAGUCCCGCCGACUCGGAUUAA